GCGCUCGUCAACCGGGCCGACCUCCAAGAUGCGUCCCUGUUUAACUUCGCUCCGUUCAACAUCACUCAGCUCCAGAUCCUCUGCAUCCGGCCCCAGAUUACAGUCGACUACUCCUGCAAUCUGUCAUUCCACUGGUUCGACCCCAACUCGGUGAAACAGAACGCGGUCACGUCGGGCACCUGCCAGACGUCCUGGAGCUGGGACGGCGUGACCAAGCACAACGCCACCAUCGACGGCAGCGACCCCGUCGCCGGCUACCGCUCGUGCUGGCUCGACUCGCAGACCUUCUUCAAGGUGGCCGUGCCCAGCUUCUGGCACCCGGGCAACUUCACGCUGGAGCUGGCCCACCACUACCGCGAUGACGAG